CGUGCAUUAGGAAGACACGUCUACGAUGCAGYAUUAUUUUCAUCGAUCAUAUAUAAAGUUUGAAUGAUGAUCUAUGUAUAUAUACUACGAUACGACAUUAUGAAGUCUCUAAGGUAGGGAAUACAAUAUGAGGUUUUGGUGUCGAGUGCUUUUUGCAUCCAUACUUGGUUUGUCUUUGACUAUUCUUGUCAUUUACUGGGAGCUGAAAAGUGCGGAUUUACAAUGGCAAUGGAAUGGAGGUCCUUCUGUUGCAUCGUCUCGAAAGAAAGAGAGCUUAGAUUCUCCUCUAGAGAGAGAGGAUAGUACAGGCAUACUGCAGAGGGGUAAAGGAAACAACACGGAAGAGAAGAUGGGGUAUUUUCGUAGGUUGAUUAAAGAUACUUACAUCUAUUCGGCUUUCUACGAACAAUAUGACAACGAAGAUAAUUCUGCUAUUAGACUGAUUAUUUUAAGCGGAAAAUAUUACCAACCUAAACUUAUGUGCCACUUCUGCGACCCCUCUGACACUAGCUGCGAUUGUCCUCCACAGACCGCGGAGUUAUAUACGAAUAAUGAGAACCACGGACGCACAUUUGGCGGGUAUAUUGCAACGUGUGGCAUCCCAAAGUGUUUUAGAAGAGAUUCUCCCUAUGUGUUUAUAACUGCUGAAGAUAAAGGCGAGACGAGUAAAAAACUACGUGUUUCACUUGUAAAGACAAUGCACGAAUCGACUCYAUUUAGCUAUGCUAUUUGCAUACCUCCUCUGAUAGGUCAAGGGUUUGAUUCUUUGCACCGACUGGUAGAAUUUAUUGAACUGACUCGCAUACUAGGGGCUAAACAUUUCACGUUUUAUGAGUAUGAUUUAGACGACCAGCUUCAAAAYGUCUUACGCUAUUAUCAAGAGCAAGGCGUGGUCAGUGYAUUGCCUUGGAAUCUCCCARAAGACGUCACAAUGACUGGUCAAAACAUCUGGUACCACGGUCAAGUGCUGGCUACACAAGACUGUCUGUACAGACACAAGGGUAAAGCGAGAUUUGUAGCCUUCAACGACAUUGACGAGUAUAUCGUUCCACUUGCACAUUCUACUGUACCUCAGCUCCUAAACAACAUACACUCAGARAUGUUCUGUGGUCACUGCUUUGACAGCGUUAUAUUCAGUCUCAAUGCGCGUAUGCCCAAGGCAAAAAAACGAAGUCAGCUGGUCUCGCAAAGGGUAUUUCAAAGGACCAAUGAUAAGCUUUCCUCGUGGUCGAAGUGUAUUGUAGACCCUCUUCAAGUGUUUGAGAUGGGAAUUCAUCAUGUUAGCAAGGCUAGGAGAGACCGGUUGACCAUGAAUAAGGUAGAUGAGAAACAUGGUUUAGUUUUYCAUUACAGAACGUGUUCUUCGGCUUACGGGAUUGGGAAGGCUUGUGGUAAUCUUGUUACAGACUACACCAUGGAGAAUGUGGGUGAAAAGUUGCAAAAGCAAGUAGAUAAAGUACUGAAACAUUUAGAUAUCAAACCUAUAAAGGAGGCUGCCGUAUUGUCGUAGAAAGACAGAAAAGAGGGGGUCCCCUAAAAUUCAGGUUCUCACCAAUCAAAAUUUUGUUGAAAUUCUUUAUCGUUCUGUGCAUGUUAGGACGAAAGAAAAGAUGUUUGCGACUCAAUGGAUAAGUCUCUCCAUGGGUUACAUGACGGAAAUACCGUAAAUUUGAUGUUAAAUUUCGACCCAAGACUAGCCUCUCGCUCCAGGAAUCUCGCUUCGCCACUGGGCUGUGGGUGAAUAUAUUGCCGCAAGGGUGUCCUCUUAAACUGUAACAGCUACAUUACAAAAGCGGAAUAAAAACCUGUCUUACUUGUAGAUCAUGUGGUCUGAAAGCUGAGCUUAAGAUGUCGAUCAUAAUGGUGGUAGAUAGAAGAUACAAUGACCGACAUGCAACCAUCGUUAAAAAACGAGUCAUCAAAGCUAGGCUGACAGAUACCCAUGAACCCCCAUGUCCCCAAUCCAACACACUUACUAUCAUCAGUCCGGGCACCACUUUCAAAGCAGGCUAAAUAUUUGGCUGAUAUCUCAAUACAAUUAUCCUGAUAAUCAAAUAAUCAAUACAUAUGUUUAAUAUAUCUUUAUUCUUACUUGCAUGUUUUAAUUAAGUUCAGAUGAUAACCACACAGAUUUUCUAAAGUUAUUCAAAUAAUAUACAUAAGCUAUUGAUAUGUUCAGUCAAGCGAAGUCUCCUCAAACUUCUUUAACGUAUUUAUAAUACACUGUACAAUGAGACAAUAUUGUAAAACUAUAUCGGAUUCUUAGGCCCCGUCCACACGUAUCACACGUAAAUUUUUUUUGCGGAUACGGGUUGCGUCCACACGUGUCCGGAAAUUUUUGUGUCCGUAUCCUCAAAUUUUACGAAAACGGAUAGGUGUGGACGGUGAAAACGAUUCGAAUACGCUGCGUGUGGACGCAAACAUUUUCGUAUCCGCAAAAACUAAUUUGCAGAUACGAAAAUUUCCGGAUACGUGUGGACGGGGCCUUAAACUUGAGAACUAAUCUUAAGGACCUGUGGUCCAUAGUCAUUGCAUGGAAUGAAUCUAUCCAAUCAAAAUGCUAGAAUUUAUGAGCCAUUCUUUUACGUCUAUUAAAUCUUGUCUAAAUACUUUGCGAUAUCAUUUACAUAUAAUUUUUAGAUAAUUCAAUAAUUAAUUUCUUAUUUUUUAUAGAUACUCUACCCUAAAUUUCUAAAACAUUUUAUAUAUUAUAUUCCUAUCUUUUUUUAACAUACCUCUAAAUUUUCUCUCAAUGCUAGUGCCGUUUUUAUACAUGCAUAAUUCGAUAAAUGCGGAUACGGACAUAACUAUCUUACCGUAGCCUUGCYAACGUGUUGUGAUUGGAUGAAUUACUGGAGACAAACAGGAAGCCAUUUCAAUGUUACAUCAUGUCGUACCGUGCGGUACGCGUUGUAAUUUGAAGUCAGUUCGUGUGUCUCCCGCAUAAAAAAAAAAAAAAAA